AUGAAGAAGAAAAAGACUAAUUUGUUGUUCCAAGACGGAAACGGUGACUCGGCAGCGUUGAACAAACGACAAAAGACGGAGCUUACUUUUCCUAAAUUGCCUCCAAGUGGAUUUCCAACCGACUUUCCAUACAACAAAGAGACGUUUCGCUACUAUUUGGCAGAACCAGAUAUCAAUGCUCCUGAGAGGAAAGAAUAUGAAGAAUCUCAAGACUGUGGAAAGUCGUUUCCUAACUGGCUCUUUCGAAGGUUGAUGCCGGAGAAAGUUGUCCUUUCCAUGCAUGAUCGAGCGCCUCAGCUGAAGUUGUCCGAUGACAACACGACCGUUGUCGGCGAAAAAGGCUACUCUUCCAUCAGAGCUAAUACCGGUGUGAACACUGGCACCUGGUACUACGAAGUGAAGAUUAAUCAAAUGCCUGACAAUAGUGCCACUCGAAUUGGCUGGGCUCAAGAGCUGGCCAACUUACAGGCCCCCUUAGGUUAUGACCGGUUCGGUUACUCCUGGCGCUCACGAAAAGGCACAAAGUUUCACCAAAGCAUAGGUAAGCAUUUCGCCGAUGAAGGUUUUGGGGUUGGCGAUGUCCUCGGCUGUUUAAUUGAUCUGCCACGCGAGAGACCAUUUCUGCAGAAGGCCUACAAGAAGCUUCCCAUUUUUAAAUUCAAAUCUUAUCUUUACUUUGAGGAGAAGGACGAUGUGCAGAAAGCAAUAAAAGAGCUCAAGCCUCUUCAAAACGCAAAAAUUGUGUACUACAAAAACGGAACCAAAAUCGGCACUGCUUUUGAGAACAUCUACAACGGCGUGUACUACCCCGCUGCGGGUUUAUUCAAAAACAUUUCUAUAACCUUCAACUUCGGUCCUCACUUUGACUACCCACCCACUGACACUGAAUUCGGAUCUCGUUACCGGGGCAUGAACGAAGCUGCCUUUGAUAAUCAAAUUGAACAAACUAUUGCUGACAUGGUUUACCUGGUCGAUAAUGAAUCAAAGGGUACACUCUCAGUGAAAAACUUUUACAGUAAAAAUGGAUGA